AUGUCGUCCAUGAAAAAGCGCAUGAUUAAGGGAAUGGUAAGAUGGAGCGUACUGCCAGCGGAUUGCAUCCUGAAUAGUUGCAUCAUCAACAUCUACAAGGAAGGGGACUACAUACCUCCCCACAUCGAUCACCACGACUUUGUCAGACCAUUUUGUAUUUUCAUGAGCAAGGGCAACAUCAUAUUUGGAAAGGAGAUAUAUUUUGUUGGACUCAGCGAGUUCAGAGGUUCAGUUACAAUUCCACUACCAGUUGGUUCAGUGUUGAUUCUGAAAGGAAAUGGAGCAGACCUGGCAAAACACUACAUUCCUAGAGUGCCAUGGCACAAAGUCUUGGUUACAUUGAGAAGAAUGGAUCACAGUAAGAUACCAUACGGAUUCCAGUCAGAUCUAGAAUUGGAGGAGUUGCGCCUGUAUGAGUUAUGA